AAAUAUCACUCAAAUCCAUAGUCAUGUUACUUAAACCAGUUCUGAUUUCUGAACACACAUUGAGACACAGAGAGAGAUAAUGGAUUUCAAAGAGUUGAAAAAAGCGGUGGAGGAGGUGGAACUGGUGGAUGCUCAUGCUCACAACAUAGUUUCCCUGGACUCCAACCUUGCUUUCAUCCAUGCCUUUUCUGAAGCCUCUGGUGAUGCCCUUGCUUUCUCGCAACACUCUCUAUCCUUCAAGAGAAAUUUGAGAGAAGUAGCUGAGCUGUAUGGAUCCGAGUUAUCUUUGCAAGGUGUGGAAGAACACCGAAGGGUCUCUGGGUUGCACUCCACCUGUUCGACAUGUUUCAAAGCUGCAAGAAUCUCUGCCAUACUCAUUGAUGAUGGCUUAGAAUUGGACAAAAAGCAGGAUAUAGAAUGGCAUAGGAGUUUUGCACCUCUUGUUGGUAGAAUCUUAAGAGUUGAACGACUGGCCGAGAAAAUCCUUGAAGAAGAUUUGUCAGAUGGAUCUUCUUGGACAGUGGAUUCAUUUACUGAAGCAUUUGUCUCAAAGUUGAAAUCAGUUUCUGGUGAGAUCUUUGGAUUGAAAAGCAUAGCUGCCUACCGCAGUGGCUUAGAAAUCAAUACAAAUGUAACUAAAAAAGAUGCUGAAGAGGGUAUAAGACAGGUUUUAACUGCUGGGAAGCCUUUCCGUAUAGCAAACAAAGAUCUUAUUGACUACAUCUUUUUGCAAAGUUUGGAAGUUGCUCAAUCCUAUGACCUGCCAAUGCAGAUACACACAGGCUUUGGGGAUAAAGAUUUGGAUAUGCGUCUGUCCAAUCCGCUUCAUCUCCGUGCAGUUCUUGAGGACAAGAGAUAUUCAAAGUCUCGGAUUGUUCUUUUACAUGCAUCCUAUCCAUUCGCAAGGGAAGCAUCAUAUCUAGCAUCUGUUUACUCCCAGGUUUACCUUGACUUUGGGUUGGCAAUUCCAAAGCUUAGUGUACAUGGGAUGAUUUCUUCACUUAAAGAGCUAUUGGAACUGGCUCCAACAAAUAAGGUGAUGUUUAGCACUGAUGGCUAUGCAUUUCCUGAAACCUUCUAUUUAGGUGCAAAGAAGUCUCGCGAAGUUGUUUUCGCCGUUCUACGUGAUGCAUGCAUCGAUGGUGAUCUUUCAAUUCCAGAGGCUGUGGAAGCUGCAAAAGACAUCUUCGCAAGAAAUGCAAUCCAUUUAUAUAAGAUUACUUCUGCUAACUGUGGUGUUAGUUCGCAUAAUAAUUUGCCCCAAAGGUUGAGUAAUGGCUUAGAGACUGAUGUAUCGUUUGUUCGAAUUAUAUGGGUUGACAAUUCAGGACAGCACAGAUGUCGUGCUGUUCCUAGAAAGCGUUUCAAUGAUGUUGUUACAAAGAAUGGGGUUGGUUUAGCAUUUGCAAGCAUGGGAAUGUCUUCCUUUAUGGAUGGGCCUGCAGAGGGGUCUGGUCUAAGUGCAGUUGGGGAAACAAGAUUAAUGCCUGAUUUGUCUACUAAAAGGAGUAUCCCUUGGAACAAGCAAGAUGAAAUGGUUUUAGCUGAUAUGAAUGUCAAACCUGGUCAAGCAUGGGAAUAUUGCCCAAGAGAGGCCUUAAGAAGAGUUUCUAAAAUUCUGAAAGAUGAAUUUGACUUGGUAAUGAAUGCAGGAUUUGAAAAUGAGUUUUAUCUCUUGAGGAGCAUAACAAGGGAUGGGAAAGAAGAAUGGGUUCCAUUUGACUCAAGUCCUUACUCCUCCUCAUCAGCAUUUGAUGCUGCUUCUCCCUUACUUCGUGAAGUUGCUGCUGCUCUUCAUUCCUUGGGAAUUUCAGUAGAACUGUUACAUGCAGAAGCUGGAAAAGGUCAAUUUGAGCUGGUUCUGGGACAUUCUGUUUGUACUAAUGCUGCAAACGACUUAAUUUACACCCGUGAAACUGUUAAGGCCAUCGCCAGAAAACAUGGCUUGUUGGCAACUUUUCUUCCAAAGUACGCAUUAGAUGAUUUUGGUUCUGGAUGCCAUGUGCAUCUUAGCUUGUGGCAGAAUGGCCAAAAUGUAUUUAUGGCAUCUGAUGGAUCAUCAAAGCAUGGAAUAUCAACUGUGGGAAAGGAAUUUAUGGCUGGAGUUCUAUAUCAUCUUCCUUCGAUUUUUCCAUUUGUAGCACCACUUCCUAUCAGUUAUGAUCGGUUACAGCCCAACACAUGGAGUGGUGCAUACCAGUUUUGGGGAAAUGAAAAUAAGGAGGCUCCAUUACGAGCUACAUCUCCACCUGGAACUCUUGAUGGUUUGGUGAGUAACUUUGAGGUUAAAUCAUUUGACGGUUGUGCAAACCCGUAUUUGGGUUUAGCUGCCAUAGUUGCUGCUGGCAUUGAUGGGCUUCGUAGGCAUCAUCCUCUUCCUGAGCCUGUUGAUGCAGAUCCAAAUCCAGAAAACCUUCAGAGAUUGCCAAAAUCACUUUCUGAGUCUCUGGAAGCGCUCAAUAAGGAUGACUUCCUUAAGGAAUUUAUUGAUGAUAAGUUGCUGACUGCCUUUAAGGCAAUUCGAAAGGCUGAGAUUGAUCAUUAUUCAAAGAACAAGGAUGCAUACAAGCAACUCAUACACCGUUAUUGAGCUAGUUGAUUUUGUUCCUGUGCGCAAGACCGGUCAGAGAAUAAUUUGGAUUCUGGCGGAUUCUUCAGAAUAAAGAUUAGUCAUUGCUUGCAUUUUCACUUCAGUUUAAGGCUAGUAAAACACAGUUAUGGCCUGUUAAAUUUUAAAAUGGUGCAUCCUUGUAUAAGUUUUAGCUUAGCUUUAUUUUCUUCUUGUUGCCAUAGUAAGAUAUGAAAUCCAAUGUUCCUGUGCUCAACUUUCACCUUCAACUUCAACUUCAACUUCUUAUUUACUGAUCCAAGUAGAAUUUGCGUAAGCUGCUGAAAGCCUAAUAUCAUUCCUGAUGCAUCUUUUUUUGGUA